GUGUGUACUCCUGUCCACAGUAUAGACUCACAGCUGCUUUCUCCGUGCUGAUAAGUUCCAACGGCUUCAAGAGUGUGUGACCUUCUCUACCUCAAACGAGAUAUCGAAUCCUGAAUCUGCACGUGCGUCGAUAGUCUGGGGACAAAGGCCCCACCUCCACAAUUUCCACCCACUCUUGUGCCCACAUGUAGCGUAUGCAAGUGUCUGACCAGAUCAAAGCUUGGCUUCACGCAGUUCGGAGGUUCUUAUAAACCCAUACGUCUGCUACCUGCGGCCGCGGCUUCUUCUACGUUUCUUGAACUCUUCGUUGCAGACAGGUGCUGCUAUUUUGCUCAGACUAGACUCAGCUCUCGACUCAUCAAUAUGCCCAACGAAAGCCUACGAAGAAACUCUUCAGCCAUGGAUGCAUACAAGAAGCAAGACAGUCUUGACACGAGGCCUGCAACGCAGAUCAAGGAAGAGCAAACUUCCUCAGAUGAGUCGCAAAUAAAGUCAAGCGCAAAGACGCGGCGUCGGAGAGCAUCAGUCGCAUGUACAUCGUGUCGGGACCGACGUAUACGUUGUGUUGUGCCUUCAGGCAAGAAAGCAUGUAUACAAUGCGAGCGCUCGAGUACUUCCUGCAUCAUCAAAGAUGACGAUGAAAGACGGAGGCCCAUCUCACGUGCAUAUGUAUACUCGUUAGUGGAAAGAGUAGCGUUGCUUGAGCGCCUGCUUGAAGACCAAGGUUUGACAGUUCCGCCUGCCAACCACCCACCAGAGACGCGCCAUCGUUCUCGCCGAAGCAAGGAUACAUCCACUGUUGAUAACACGUCUUUGUACUCAUCCACACCUCAGGAAAGCUCCAUUUCAGACGAUCACACAGCAUCAUUACCAUAUAGCUCAGAUGACCAGAUCAAGGAUGAACAUCAGACCCCAAAUAUCAACAAGAGAUCGUCGGUGCUAUUUGAUGUCGACUACGAGAGCGGACACAUGAGCAAGAGGAUGGGACAAAAUAGUUUUAUCGCACCGGUAUAUUUAAGAGCGGAAUCGGCUAGGCAAUAUUCCACUGGUUCGGUCACAAAUCGUAAACGUCCAUGCAAGCUCGAUCAACUUGCGAAAAUACCAUUGUCAGACCAGGCCUCCCUUUGGUCAACGAAAUUCGACUAUAGCAGCGACCAGGCAACAAUACAACCAGGACCCCAAGACACGAACAUCGAAUGUAGGGCAUACAGUGCUUGGGGCCAUGGUGCAUUCGACUUGCAUGGUUACAACAAUCACACACUGACAGUACAAUACGGAGAAGUUUUACAUACCGGACAUCAAUACAAUGCCCCAAGCCCACCAAGAGGUGUAAUCACAAAUCUGGACUUCAUGCCUUUAAAUACGAGUGGCUGGUUCGAAUGAAGACCUGUUGUCAGCUAUGGUCUGGCAUCCUUCUAUCUUCCCGCUGUGACAGUGUCAUUAUAGAUCAACGAACUCUUCGGAAUAUUUCGUCCACCACUCAUCACUCACAAAGCUUCUCUCGCUACCCAUUCCUAGACUGCCUAUCGCUCCUUAACCCUCAACAGAAUAACCGAGUUCACCACCUUAGUCCAUGGAUGCACCUCAAUCAGCAUCUCCAACCCCACCCUCUCCAUAUCAUCACCCAGCUCAAGAAUCUAGCAAUCGUUAGCAUCGCCUAUGCAAUAUACACAGACCCUGCCAAAUCAACCUACCGGAUACAAAACACCUCGCAAUCCCUUCGCACUCCUCGCCACCACCAACGCACCCGGUCUCAACUUCUUUACCAAACUCU